AUGGAGAGUAAAAUAAAUUUAAGAGAUUACACGAUUCCAGCUAUCGAAGAAAGGAUUAAAGAAUUGUUAAAAAGAAGAGUUAAUCGUACAGAUGGUAUCCCGGUGGAACGUGCUAAAGAAAAACUGUUAUUAUUAUUAUUAUUAUCGUUACAUUUUACCCUUUAUCAGGCCAAAUACAAGGAGUAUAGAAAAGAAAGACAAGAUUCCCUCGGGACCGUCCACCGUCACGUAUUAGAAGUUGUAGCCUUUAUUUUGGACACCGACGUCGCUUCUCUAGAAGAAGGUUUGCUUGAUAAAGAAGAAUACUUAGAUGUUUUCAGGAGUUUUUUCACUCAAGGUGGUCGUCGGGCUGUGAUAAUUCAUUAUCAACCCAUGUCACCGCCGCCAGUCGACGAAAAUGUAAGAGAUGAAACUUAUUACGCUUACAUGGAAGUCGAGGGGAAGUACAGCGGCGCAUUGAGCAGUAUCUCAGGUCUAAUAUCCCGGCAAAACUCACCAGCACUUGAGAUUAAUAAGCAGUGGGGUGAUUUGCCGCGGAGUCAAGUGGGAGCCAAGAUUAGGGACAAUUUCAUCGGGGACUUUAAGGAUUUUUGUCAAUUUAUACAAACGACGAAUGCCGAUCUUGAUAACAUCCUAAAGUUCGACGGCCAUCAGGAUGUUUUUGUAAAAUAUGCCAAGACUAUGGAAAAUGUUGAGAGAAAUGCGAAAGAUUAUGAUGCGAUUAUUACUGUUGAAGAGUGCGUUCGAGGUUGGAUGAAAAUAAUGGAAAAAGCACUUGUUGAAAGCCAACAACUGCGCCGUGAAACAGAGGACGUCGGACCAACCGCUGAGCUGGUCUACUGGCGAGGGAUUCUCACGCGUUUUUCUUACAUUGUCGACCACAUAAAGCGAGCAGAGACCCAGAUGUUCAUUGCGCUAUUAGUUCAAGCCAAGUCCAAGCUUGUUAAGAAGUGGAAGAAAUUGGACGAUGAUAUCACGAUGAUUGAAUUAUUGGCGAGAGAUAACGUCAAAUAUUUGUACGCAAUAGAAAAGUACACAAGACCGCUUUAUAUGUUGGAGCCUACUAAGAUUGGGCAGCAUUUGCCGGCCUUGAUGCAAUCUAUUCGCAUGGUUUACACCACUUCUAGAUUCUUCAACACACAGAGAAUGAUAACUGCGUUAUUUGUUAAAAUUACGAAUCAAUUGAUUAUAACUUGCAAGUCUUACAUAACCAAAAACGGAACUCUUGAUAUCUGGCAAGAAGAAAAGACAUCAAUUAUUUUGCGGAUGAAAGACUGCAUAACUUUGUACGAGCAAUAUUAUGAAUCUUACAAGCUGAUGCUUCAAAAUAUUGAAGCUGCUGGGGAAAGACAGAUUGAAGUGUCUGAAAUGUUUGUUUUUGGGAAGUUUGAGACCUUUAAAGUUCGGCUAAAUAAAAUAAUUUACGUCCUGGAAAUAAGUAUUAACUAUUCAGUACUUGAAAGCUCGACAAUAAAAGGCAUCGACGUCUUCAGAGAAAAUUUUAUCACAUGUUUAAACAAAAUGGUAGCUCAAAAGUACAAUCCUCUGGACCACAGAAAACCUUUUUUUGAUUCAGACUACGAGCAGUUUAAGAUAAGUGUCAGCGAGACGGAGUUUAAAAUGAGAGUUUUCUUCUUCAAAACAGUUUCACUUGCCCCGAAUAUCGAUGAAGCGCUGAGAUUGGUUCUUAGGUUUGAGAAGCUAAAGUUCGAUAAGCAGUUGUGGAUCGAUCGCAAGUACCUGGAGUUGGUGACAGUCUACCAGCAGGAAGUUGAGGCAAUACGAGACAGAUACAACGAAGACAGAUCCUCGCCACCCUUACCGAGGAAUAUUCCACCUGUUGCUGCCAGAAUUUUAUGGAUUAGACAGUUGUACAGGCGCAUUGAAAUGCCCAUGGAUAUAUUCAAGAAGCGGCAAAGGGUUAUUACUCAUGAAAGGAUGCAGAAAUGCAUUAAAAUUUAUAAUUCUCUUGUCAGGGUUUUUGUUCAUUAUGAAAUUAUUUAUCACAAAGCUUGGUUUGAUUCUGCAGAAGUUGUUCGCUUGGCACUGACAUCACCUCUGCUAACUCGUGACCCACAAGCAAACAAGUACUCAAUAAACUUCGACCCUUACAUCCGUGAAGUAAUAAGAGAGUCUGAAUACAUGUCACGUCUGAACUUCAAAAUCCCGGAGUUCACUCGCAUUAUAACCUUCUGCCGAGAAAAAAUAUUUUUUUCCUACGAGCAGAUAAAGAGACUCGUAGAAAUUCACGAGCGUAUCCACGCUUCAGCCCCAAAAUUAUUCCUGAACCUUCUAGCGGGAGUUUUCGUCAAACUGGAGCAGACUUUCAAGCCUUGCCUGUCAGUAGUUACCUGGACGUCCCUGGAAAUCCCCGAAGUUUGUCAGGAAAUCAGCUCAGUUGUUCAGGACAUCGAGGUCUUCGUCAGUAAAGUUUGCGCGACAAAAGAGGUCAGGAUCGAAGGAAUCAUCGAAAACAUCGCUGACACUGAAUUGAUCAGCUUGAAGGAUUCUCCGCUUAGUCCUGCGGAAUUUUCCCAGGAAAAUUUCCAAUUUGCCAUGAACGCCGCAAGAGAAAUUGAGGUCAAGUCUACUGCAGUAGAGGCGGCUUUGAUAAUGAUCAUCAACAAGUGUCUGGACUUUGUAGAGAUUGAAGGAGGUGAAGACAUCAAUGAAGACAAGUACCGCUGGUUGGAUCCUGACCGCGUUAAGCGUGAAAUCGGAUCACAGUCGCGAAUCACCAGGAUUUCUAUUGACAUAAACCGAAAGUCGGUUGGUGAUGAUACCAAGGCUGUUGAUCCCAAGAGUUUCUUGAAUCGUAUUUGGAAUGAUUGCAUGGAAUUGUUCACUUAUUACAAUAAUAAGCUCAUUGAAGCUCUUGUUAAGAGCACCAAGAAUUCGCUAGAGUUGUUGAAGCGCAGGAUUGGUAGUUCCAGCAUGCUGAGUGACGGGUUUAAGAAUGAGGGAAAUCCGUUGCUGCUGACUCAGUUUAUUCUACAAAUUCCGACGAUCCUCGAGAUACCCAGCGUCGAAGAACUCAAUAAUCAUGUGCAAUUGGUUGUGAAAAAUUUAAUUCAAGUGCAUGAUUGCAUUAUCAUGUGGGGCCAGAGAUAUUCCAGGGUGAAAAGAUCUAAAGAUUCCGAUGAUAAGGAAAAAUCCUCGAGGACAUAUCAUCAAAUAAUAUCUGAUCAUAAAGAAAUAAUUCGUAGUACCAUCAGAUUUCAAGCAAUCAUUUUAAUUCUUCGAGAUGAUAUUAAUCAUUUGAAAAAUAGGUAUACAGAAAAGUAUUGCUAUGUUUGGUCAGAAGAUCGCACCGCAGAUCUUCAAAAAUUCGUCGACUCAGAUCCCGACACUCAGACAAUACGAGAAAAAUUUAUAAUGUUUGAAAAUUUGAUUAAUGAAAUCAACAAUAUUCCAGCGCGGCAUUUGGUUGGUCCUGUUGAAAUUAACAUGGAGCAACUAAAGCUAGGUUUGUUAGUGGAGGUCAAAAAUUGGAAACUGAGCUACGGCUCAAUUCUGAGCGGCAAUUAUAAAACGAAGUUAACUAAUAUUAUAAACUAUAUUGAGGACAAAAAAAAAGUGCUUUCGCGCGCAAUAAAUGACCUGGAAGAUGUAAGGCUGGCUAUGAAGUGUCUAGACGCGAUUCGCAAUGACUUUAUUGACUUGGACCGUCAAUUGAUUGCGAUAGAAGAAACUUAUACUUUAAUGGCAGCGUUUGAAAUUGCGGUAUUUGGGGAAGACCAGAAUGCCGUCGACGGGCUGCGUUAUAGUUUUACAAAUAUGCUCCAGAAGGCCAAAGAGGUCCAAGGGAAGAUUUGUGAGAUCCAAGAGCCGCUUAAAAAGGAACUUAUAGAGGGUGUGGAGGUUUUGAAGAAAGAUGUUGAAAAUUUUGAUGCUGAAUUUGAGCGAAAUGGUCCUUUAGAAGAAGGAAUUCCCGCGAAAGAAGCUAGUGAAAGAUUGCUGCUUUUUCAAAGCAGGAACGACGAAUUACAAGAGCGCUACCAGACGUACAGUAGCGGAGAGGCGCUCUUCGGAUUGGAAGUAACCAAUUACCCGGCGUUGGAGAAGCGAAAGAAAGAAAUGAACCUCCUGCAAAAAUUAUACGGGCUCUAUUCUCAAGUAAUGAGGACCAUCGACGGGUAUUAUGAAAUUCUAUGGUCGGAAAUCGAUACCGAUGCGAUAAUUGCGGAGCUUACGGACUUGCAAAACAAGUGCCGUAAGCUACCAAAAGGGAUGCGAGAUUGGCCGGCGUACAUUGAUUUAAAGAAAAAAAUCGAUGACUUCAACGAAACAUGUCCCCUGUUAGAAUUGAUGGCAAAUAAAUCCGUCAAAGACCGCCACUGGGACCGUCUGUCAAAGCUCUGUAAUUAUUUAUUUGAUAUUGAGUCGGAUAAUUUUACUCUAGCUAACGUUAUGCAAGCACCGUUGCUUAAAUACAAGGACGACGUUGAGGAUAUUUGUAUUAGUGCUUUAAAGGAAAUGGACAUUGAGAGCAAACUUAACCAAGUGAUUGCCGAUUGGUCGGUUAUUGAUUUGCAGUUUGCUACCUUCAAACAAAGGGGAGAGUUAUUGUUGAAGGGCACUGAGACUACUGAGAUAAUUAGUCAGCUGGAAGACAGCUUGAUGGUUAUCAGCUCGCUCAUGGCCAACAGGUACAACAUGUUCUACAAGAAAGACAUACAGUUGUGGCAGAGCAAGCUGAGCAAUACUUCCGAAAUUCUCGGAAAGUGGCUGACUGUUCAGAAUUUGUGGGCUUAUUUGGAAGCUGUUUUUAUUGGGGGUGAUAUUGCCAAGCAAUUACCCGGAGAAGCUAAACGGUUUAAUAAUAUUGACAAAGCCUGGGUGAAGCUAAUGUAUCGCGCCCGAGAAAAAAUGAACGCCGUGGAAACUUGCACAGGCGACGAAACAAUGAGUCAGUUGCUCCCGCACCUUUUGGAGCAGCUCGAGUCCUGCCAAAAAUCUCUCAGCGGGUAUCUUGAAACUAAGCGUGUUGUGUUCCCGAGAUUCUGUUUCGUCUCGGACCCGACGUUGCUGGAGAUUCUUGGCCAAGCUGCCGACAGUCACACCAUCCAGAACUACCUGGACGGCUUUUUCGAUAACGUCGCCAAGCUCGAGUUUUCUGCCAGCGAGUACGAUAAAGUCCUGGCGAUUUUCUCUCGCGAGGAAGAAAAAGUCUUGCUGGACCCCCAAGUACUCUGCACAGGGGGCGUAGAAAACUGGCUAAAUGUCCUGUUGAAAGUCCACCAGCAGUCGGUAGGCGACGUGAUAUCACAAGGUCUCCAGUUGCUUGCAAAUCCUGAGACUGUUAUCCUGACUCUAAUCGAAGAAUCGAUUCUCCAAGUCGCGCUAUUAGCACUUCAAACACUUUGGACCCGAGACUCAGAAACAGCAAUAACGUCGUCUCGUCGGGAUAAAAUGAUAAUGAAGAAAACAAAUCAAUGGUUUUUAGAUUUGCUUAAUGGGCUUAUUGAAGUUACGGUUAAAGAUCUAACCCAGUAUCAGCGAGCUAAGUACGAGGCACUCAUUACCAUUCACGUUCAUCAAAGAGACAUUUUCGACGAGCUAUGCAGACUUAAAAUACGGAGUAUUCAGGACUUUGAAUGGCUUAAACAAGCUCGAUUUUAUUACAACAACCAAACGGAAAAUGUUGAUAUUAAAAUAACUGACGUUGAUUUUAUUUAUCAAAACGAGUUUCUGGGCUGCACCGACCGCCUUGUUAUUACGCCUCUUACUGACAGAUGUUAUAUUACUCUUGCGCAAGCAGUUGGAAUGAAUUUUGGAGGUGCUCCAGCUGGACCUGCUGGCACUGGGAAAACAGAAACAACCAAAGACAUGGGAAAAGCUCUUGGGAAAUACGUCAUUGUGUUCAACUGCUCUGAUCAAAUGGAUUUCCGGGGACUUGGUCGAAUAUUUAAGGGUUUGGCGCAAGCAGGAGCUUGGGGCUGUUUUGAUGAAUUUAAUCGUAUCGAUUUGCCCGUUCUUUCUGUUGCAGCUCAACAAAUAGCUAUUGUUUUUACAGCGCGUAAAGAAAAACGUAAAAAUUUUUUAUUCAGCGACGGAGAAACGUACAACAUUGAUUAUGAAUUUGGUAUUUUUAUAACGAUGAAUCCAGGAUAUGCGGGCAGACAAGAACUUCCUGAAAAUUUAAAAACUCAAUUCCGCAGCGUAGCUAUGAUGAUACCAGACCGACAGAUAAUUAUACGGGUUAAAUUAGCCGCCUGUGGAUUUAAAGAUAACAUUGUGUUGUCCCGUAAAUUUUUUACAUUGUAUGCAUUGUGCGAAGAACAAUUGAGCAAGCAAGUCCAUUAUGACUUUGGGUUGAGAAAUAUAUUGUCUUGUUUACGGACCCUGGGCGCCCAGAAACGGGCUCAUCCUGGUGAAUCUGAAGAAACUACACUGAUGAGAGUUCUUCGCGCAAUGAACCUGUCAAAACUAGUAGACGAAGACGAGCCACUUUUCCUCUCGCUAAUCGAGGACAUGUUCCCGGGCAUCAAGCUAACAACGCAGUCCUACAAGGACCUCCAAGCCUCUAUAUCCCUGGCCGUAGACUCUCUCGGGAUUAUCAACACUCCUCCGUGGAACCUAAAAGUCAUCCAGCUUUACGAAACAUCUCUAGUGCGCCACGGCUUGAUGAUCCUCGGACCAACCGGUUCAGGAAAGACUAGCUGCAUCUGGACCCUGAUGAAGGCUCUGACUUCCCUAGGAACUCCUCAUCGGGAAAUCCGAAUGAACCCGAAAGCCAUAACAGCCCCCCAAAUGUUCGGAAGAUUAGAUGUGGCGACCAACGACUGGACAGACGGAAUUUUUUCAACCCUCUGGCGGCGAAUCAUGUCCAGCAAAAAGCCCGAGCACGUGUGGCUGGUCCUAGACGGGCCUGUCGACGCAGUCUGGAUCGAGAAUCUGAAUUCCGUUUUAGACGACAACAAAACCUUGACACUCGCUAAUGGCGACCGUAUAAUAAUGAACGCCAACAGCAAGCUUGUCUUCGAACCAGACAAUAUUGACAAUGCAUCGCCGGCGACUGUUUCAAGGAUGGGAAUGGUCUUUAUCAGUGCUUCUGUCCUCAAAUGGGCUCCGAUACUCGAGGGUUGGCUGAAGACCAGACCAAGCCAUCAAGCGGAAAUACUACGAGGACUUUUCCAUAAAAUAUAUGACGACGCUCAUGCAUUUGUACAGACCAAGCUACAAGCUAAGAUCACGCUUCUAGAGGCUCUUUAUAUCAGGCAGUCUAUCGAUCUGCUGACAGGACUUCUUCUGUUCAAUGAUACUAAAAAUUAUGAAGACUCUCAUAUUGAAAGAUUGUUUCUAUUUUCAUUAUUAUGGAGCCUUGGCGCAGUUUUGGAAUUAGACGGCCGAAAACUUCUAGAAGAAUACUUGCUAAGCCAUCCGUCAAAAUGUGACUGGCCAAAACUUUUGCCGGAGGAAACAUUGUUCGAGUACCUAGUUUCGGAUAGAGGCGAAUGGAUACAUUGGAGCCAGAUGGUACCUGACUUCGUAUAUCCGCCGGAGCGUGUGCUACAGUAUUACACGAUAUUGGUUCCAAAUGUGGAUAACACGAGGACUCUGUUUCUGAUCGACGUAAUUGCGCGGCAAGGAAAGCCUGUUUUGCUCAUUGGUGAACAGGGAACAGGAAAGACAGUUAUGAUUAAAGGCUACAUGUCUAAGUACGAUCCUGAGAAUCAUUUAAAUAAGUCUUUUAAUUUCUCUUCAGCAUCAACUCCAAAUAUGGUCCAGAGAGUGUUCGAAAGUUACGUAGAGAAACGAGUUGGAACGACGUACGGACCAGCUGGUGGAAAGAAAAUGACAGUUUUUAUUGAUGACAUUAAUAUGCCGGCAAUUAAUGAGUGGGGAGACCAAAUAACAAAUGAAAUAGUGCGUCAACUAAUGGAAUACCGCGGAUUCUAUUCGCUAGAUAAGCCCGGACAUUUCAGCACCAUACAAGACAUACAAUUGUUGGCAGCAAUGAUCCACCCCGGCGGGGGAAGAAAUGACAUUCCUCCCAGAUUGAAGCGGCAAUUUAACAUUUUUAAUUGCACUCUACCGAGUGACAGGUCACUUGACACAAUAUUCCGCGCAAUUGGCUGCGGUUACUUUUCUGAAGAAAGAUUUUCCAAGGAGGUUGCCGAUUUUUUGGGUAAAUUGGUACCGCUGACACGUAUUGUUUGGCAACAGACUAAGGCGAAAAUGCUACCGACGCCAGCUAAAUUUCACUAUGUAUUUAAUUUACGUGAUUUGUCACGUAUCUGGGAGGGGAUUCUGCGCAUCGAGAGAGCCGAAUGCAAAACACCGGGAACUUUGCUUAAGCUCUGGGGUCACGAGUGCACUCGUGUUAUUUCCGACAGAUUUGUAAAUGCAGAUGACAAAGAUUGGUUUAAAAAAACCCUUCAAGAAACGGGUGAAAAAUUACUGGGAGAUGAUUUCAUGUCUUAUGAAGCUGACGCGUACUUUGUUAAUUUUUUACGCGAAGCUCCUGAUCCGACAGGUGAUGAGCCCGAAGACUUUAUUUUUGAAGCUCCCAAGACUUAUGAACAAAUCCCGAGCUACGAAGCUGUGACAUCAAAGGUCCACGAAAACAUGACACAAUUCAACGAAAGCAUCCGUGGCAUGAAUCUAGAUUUGGUAUUCUUUGACGACGCUUUAGUUCAUUUAAUGAGAAUUUCACGAAUUCUCGGAGUGUCAAGGGGCAACGCGAUGCUGGUUGGUGUGGGUGGCUCGGGAAAACAAAGUUUAACAAGAUUAGCCUCCUUUAUCGCCGGCUACAGCUUUUUCCAGAUUGUUUUAACGAGAAUUUACAACGUCGCAAGUUUGUUGGAUGAUAUCAAAAAACUUUACCGCGAAGCGGGUACCGGCAGCAAGGGAGUGACUUUUAUCUUCACAGACAACGAAAUCAAAGACGAGUCCUUCUUGGAGUACAUAAACAACGUCCUUAGUGUCGGCGAAAUAGCAAAUUUAUUCCCAAAAGAUGAAUUAGAUGAAAUAACAACCAGCGUGAUUCCUUUGAUGAAAAAGGAAGACCCAAAGUGUCCGCCCACGCCAGACAAUUUGUACAAUUUCUUUAUUACACGUGCGAGAAACAAUAUUCAUAUUGUUCUAUGUUUCUCGCCGGUGGGCGAGAAGUUCCGUUCCCGCGCGCUGAAAUUUCCCGCAUUAAUAUCCGGGUGCACGAUAAAUUGGUUCAGCAGAUGGCCUCGAGACGCGCUUUGUGCAGUCAGCAGGCAUUUUUUGAAAAGCUACGACAUUGUUUGUGCAAGUGAUGUCAAAGAGCAGCUGAUAAACACGAUGGCCGAAAUUCAGGAUGGUAUUAACGACACGUCCAACGAUUAUUACGACAGAUAUCGCCGGCGUAUCUACGUAACGCCUAAAUCAUUUUUAUCCUUUAUCAGCGGGUAUAAAAAAAUUUAUAAGCAACGUCUAGACGAAAUCAAUAAUCUCGCAUUCCGUAUGAGCAAUGGAUUGAGUAAGCUUGUAGACGCCGCGGCUCAAGUUGACGAGCUGAGAAAAGUUUUAGUUGAAAAUCAGGCUGAAAUUAAAAUUAAGAAUGUUCAAGUGGAAAAGAUACUGGUUACGGUAGAAGAUAAAAAGAAAGAAGCUGAGUUGAUAAAAGAAACAGUACAAAAAUCUAAAGAUGAAGCCGAAGCAUUACUAAAAAUAAUAUCUCAGGAAAAAGCUAUUUCCGAAGACAAGUUGAAAGCUGCUGAGCCAGCUCUCCUCGCAGCCGAAUCUGCACUUCAAACGAUAAAAGCCGCAGACAUCUCAACAGUGAGGAAACUUGGCAAGCCCCCAUAUCUAAUUUCCCUGAUAAUGGACUGCGUACUUAUAUUAUUUGGCCGUAAAUUAGAACCAGUGAAACCAGAUCCCGAGCAUAAAUUUUUAACUCCCUCGUGGUCAGAGGCAUUGAAAGUAAUGGCUGACACGCGUUUUUUGUACCACUUGCGUGAUUUUCAAAAGGAUAACAUCAACGGUGAAAUAAUCGAUUUAAUGAGACCAUACUUGAAUUAUCCCUUGUAUAAUUACGAAGCCGCUAAACAAGCUUGCGGUAAUGUUGCGGGUCUUUUACAAUGGACUAUUGCCAUGACUGAGUUUUAUAAAGUUAACAAAGACGUUCUACCUUUAAAAGCCAAUUUAGCGAUUCAACAAAGCAAACAUGAGAGAGCUAAUAAUAAUUUAGUUGCUGCACAACAAGUUCUAGCGGCUAAAGAUGAAGCUUUGAGAGUUGUUCAACUUGAAUUUGACGCUGUAAUGACCGAGUAUCAGCAAGUUGUUGAUCUGGCGAACGCAUGUCAAUCAAAAAUGGACACCGCAUCAGCAUUAAUAGAAGGGUUGUCAGGAGAGCGAGUGCGGUGGACAAAUCAACUGUCGACAUUUAAAUCCGAAACGGAGCGCCUCAUCGGGGAUGUUUUAAUCCUAACUGGAUUUUUAUCUUACUGCGGACCAUUUAAUCAAGAAUUCCGAGUGCUCACACAGAAGCGUUGGUUCAAUUUAUUGCGAACUAAAAAAAUUCCGGUAUCUGCAGAUGUCAACAUUGUUGAUUCACUGUCAGAUACAGCGAUGACGGGCGAAUGGAAUCUACAGGGGCUCCCGAAUGACGAAUUAUCGAUACAAAACGGUAUUAUUGUAACGCAGGCCACGAGAUAUCCAUUAUUGAUCGAUCCGCAGCUGCAAGGAAAAGCUUGGAUUAAAAAUAAAGAACAAGAGUUUCAGCUGCAAACCACAUUACUCACCCAUAAGUACUUCAGAAAUUACUUGGAGGACUGCGUGUCGAUCGGGAGGCCGCUAUUGAUUGAAGACGUUGCUGAAGAACUUGAUCCGGUGCUUGAUAAUUUGCUCGAGAAAAAUUUUAUCAAGAUUGGCAACUCUUGGAAGGUCAAACUGGGGGACAAGGAAGUCGAUAUUAAUCACCAGUUUCGGUUGUACAUCACUACUAAGCUGCCCAAUCCGUCUUACACGCCGGAGAUUUUUGCUAAAACAUCUAUUAUUGAUUUCACUGUUACGAUGAAAGGGUUGGAGGAUCAGCUUCUUGGGCGAGUUAUAAUGACUGAAAAACGCGAAUUAGAGACAGAGAGAAUGCAAUUAAUCACUGACGUCACCACGAACAAGAGGAAGAUUAAGGAGUUAGAGGCGAACCUCCUACACAAGCUGACAACUGUUCAAGGCUCUUUGAUAGAAGAUGUUGAGUUGAUGUCGGUACUCAAUACAACAAGAAAAACAGCGUCCGAUGUGACCAGAAAGCUGAACAUAGCUCGGAGCACAGAGAUAGAAAUAAAUGCCGCGAGAGAAGAAUUUAGACCAGUAGCUACACGAGGCAGUGUGCUUUACUUUUUGAUAUGCGACAUGGCACACGUGAACUGCAUGUAUCAGACUUCUCUUGUACAAUUUUUAGAACGAUUUGAUAUCUCUUUGACACGAUCAGAGAAGACGCCAAUAAAUGCCAGGCGCAUCAAUUUCAUAAUCGAGUACCUGACCUAUGAAGUAUUUAGAUACAAAGCCCGAGGCUUGUAUGAAAACCACAAGUACAUGUUUGUGCUGCUGAUGACUCUGAAGAUAGACCUUGAGCGGGGGGCCAUAACCUACGAAGAGUUCCAGUACCUAAUCAAAGGUGGCGCUGCUUUGGAUCUCAACACCGUAAAGCCAAAACCGUUUAAGUGGAUCACGGAUAUGACCUGGCUGAACUUGAUUGCGUUGUCUUCUUUGCAUUCCUUUCAAUAUGUCGUAAAAUCGGUCGAGGCUAAUGAGAAGACAUGGAAGUACUGGCACGACCGCGAAACGCCGGAAGAAGAAAUCAUUCCUGAUGGGUUCAAUAGUUUGGAUACUUUUCGUCGGAUGCUUUUAAUACGGGCAUGGUGUAUCGACCGAACACUGUCGCAAUCUCGGAAGUAUAUUAGCCAUUCGCUGGGGGCGAAAUACGCAGAGCCUGUGAUAACACUUCUGGAUGUUAUGCAUGGAGAGUCGAGAGCAAACACCCCCAUGAUAUGCUUCCUCAGCAUGGGAUCUGACCCAACUCCGAGUAUUAAUCAGCUUGCUAAGAAAAUUGAAGUGUCUUGCAGGAGCAUUUCGAUGGGUCAAGGCCAAGAAGUUCACGCUCGUCGAUUAUUGCUGACCGCUAAAACAGAAGGAUAUUGGGCGUUGCUGCAAAACUGUCACCUAGGACUGGAUUACAUGAACGAAUUAAUAGACUUCAUCCUCGAAAUGGAAUCCCCGCAUGAUAACUUCCGUAUUUGGAUUACAACGGAGCCACACAAUGAUUUUCCAAUUUCCCUGCUCCAGAUGUCUAUUAAAUUCACAUACGAGCCCCCCCAGGGUAUAAGAGCCGGGUUGCUCGCGACCUACAGCGGAAUGAAUCAAGACAUGCUGGAUCAAUGUGACGCUGCUCAGUACAUUCCACUUGUCUACACUAUUUCCUUUCUGCACACCAUCGUGCAGGAGCGGAGGAAGUACGGUCCUCUUGGCUGGAAUAUUCCCUACGAGUUCAAUUCCGCUGACUGGCUCGCUUCCUGCAUCUUCGUCAACAAUCAUCUCAAUGAUUAUGAUCCUAAGCGAGGGAUCAGUUGGCAAACUAUAAGAUACAUGAUCGGAGAAGUUCAGUACGGCGGACGAGUUACUGACGACUAUGACAAACGUCUUCUAAAUACAUUCACUAAAGUCUGGUUCACAGAGUCAUUAUUCACAGAGAAUUUCUUAUUUCACACCGGCUACGGUGUUUUGAAUUUCAAACAAGUAACUGAUUACAUGUCGGCAAUCGAAGAAAUGGAACCGAUCGAUCCGCCUCAAGUUUAUGGACUCCACCGAAAUGCGGAUAUAACAUACCAGAGUCGGACGACACAAGAGAUAUUGGACAUAAUAAUAUCUGUGCAGCCAAAAGAGUCGGGCGGUACGGGGACCGGAGAAACGCGAGAAAUGAUUGUUAGCAGACAGGCUAAAGAUAUGUUAAAUAAAUUACCCCCGGCUUACGAUCCAUUUGAUGUAAAAGCUCGGCUCCAGAUCAUGGGGAUCACACAGCCGAUGAAUAUAUUUCUCAAGCAGGAAAUCGAUCGCAUGCAAGUUGUUAUCAGACUGGUGAGAUCUAUGCUCAAGGAUUUGCUAUUGGCUAUUGAUGGUGUUAUCAUUAUGAAUGAGCAAUUAAAAGACGCUUUGGAUAACAUUUACGACGCGCGAAUACCCAAAGUUUGGCGUUUACGUUCUUGGGAAUCAUCAACACUCGGGUUCUGGUUCACAGAAUUACUAGAGCGAAAUCAGCAAUUUUCCUCUUGGAUUUUCCAGUCUCGGCCGGCAAAAUUUUGGAUGACGGGAUUUUUUAAUCCUCAAGGAUUCUUAACCGCGAUGCGACAAGAGGUAACACGAGCGCACAAAGGUUGGGCUCUUGACAACGUCACCCUUCACAAUGAAGUCAUGAAGCAGAUGUCUGAAGACGUCAAAAGUUCACCCGCUGAGGGUAUAUAUGUUUACGGGCUUUAUUUGGAAGGUGCUGCCUGGGAUCGCAGGAAUAAUCGACUUAGGGAGUCAUUUAACAAAGUCCUUUAUGUUGAAAUGCCUGUUGUACAUAUAUUUGCCUUGUACAAUAAACCCAUCAAGGAUCCUAAACUUUAUCAAUGUCCUGUUUACAAGAAGCCCAAGAGAACGUACACACAACUGGUGACCGCAUUGUGGCUUCAAACAAUCAAACCACCGGAAUUUUGGAUUUUACGCGGUGUUGCUUUAUUAUGUGAUAACAAAUAAACAGGACUAGGGUAGAGUGGAGAGUCGAGCAGAGCAGGACAGGAUGAAGCACCACCGGUAGAUGAGAGGGUAAAUUGGAGCGUGGGUGAUGUUCACUGUCCUUUACAUCCAACGCCCAGAUCGUUAAUAGCGGGCAAUCACCCAUUCCCUCAACUGAAACCCAUGUAAUUGAGCCAAUGUGCGUUAAUCAGGGUACACCUAAUUUGCCACGAGGCUUCUCUAAAUUGCUUUUGCUACUUACUCCAUUUAUAGGGAUUUUACUCCCUCUUCCUUCUCCACAACACGUAAGUCCGCGCUUUUAUUUACAACACCCAUUAAUAAUGUUCAUUCUUACAAAUAUUUCAUCAAAUACAUUUAUGCUUCUUCAUU